ACCAGUGCUAGGGAAGCUGUCCUGCCCCACUCAGCCAGUCUGCCUAGCCUCAUGUCUUGUUGGGACUGUAUAAUUGUGUUGUUAAAUAUUGUUGCAGUGGAUGGCAGUGCAGGGUGAAGUGCGCAACAUGGCACCCGACCAGUGCCAGGGAAGCUGUCCUGCCCCGCUCAGCCAGUCUGCCUAGCCUCAUGUCUCGUUGGGACUGUCCCCACUGCCGACUGUCCAACUCAAGUGUAUCCAGUCGCUGCGCGGCGUGUGGCGUCGACACUAUGGCAGCGGAGACGCAGCAGCAGCCUUGGCCUGUGUCCAACAUUAACGUGCUCAUCGAUGAGCCACAGAACCGCUCACCCAAGCGACAGAGCCCCUCCAUGUACGAACGAGUGAAGUCCAAGGUGAGCAGGUCACUCUCCAACGGCGGUGUAGUGCACAGGCGGCUCACCGAUGGUAGAACCAGGCCCAGCAGCCUGAUCAUGGAGUCGAGUGGUGUCAGUUGGAACGUGAACAACAUCGGAGACAAGAACUCCUGGUCGUGUGUGAGGUGUACACUGGUCAACCUCAAUCAUGUGGACAGAUGUGCCGUGUGUGAGAUGCCGCGGAAAGCCAACAUUCCCGGAACAUACAGCACUCUACCGAGGUCUGGAGUCGUUAUUACCAUUCCGGAUUGGAGUACAGGAUCCAUCGGAUCUCACAGGAACCUGCCGAGCACUCCAGUUAAGGGAAUUGUAACCUUGGGGGCCCAAGAAACAGAAUCUAGUCCAGCGAAUAGUUUAUGGAUCAAACCUAUUUAUCGUAGAUCAUUCUCGGAGGUACUACCGUCAGAUUCGCCUUUAGAUAAUAAGACCAAUAGAAGAAGUUUAGUAGAAACGGAUGCUCAAGGGAAUUUGCAACAAACACCUCUGAGACAAAUUAAUAAUCUCAAUUUGAAACUGACUCCAAUACAUAGAUCUCCUAGUACUACAAGAUAUUCUUAUAUUGGAAUAUCGGAAACCGGCUGUAAACGUAUUUCAACAGGACCAAUUGUGGUAGAUCUGACUGAUAAAAAGACACAAUUUUUAGAGAAUCUCGGUGCAAAAAACUUUGAGAGAAUGUGGACUUGUAUUAAAUGCUCCUACGCUUAUAAUCCUAUCUGGUCAGAAGCUUGUGAUAUUUGUAACUCUACGAGAAGCCCACCGAGUCUAACAGAACCGAGUCUCAUAACUGUUACUAAAGACAGUGUCCGAUAUACUCCACCCAAAGAUGGAGAAGGCUUGGAGAAUGGACCGGAAAAUGGGCCGGAGAACCAUCUCCAACAGGAUCUAGAAGAUGAUUUUCAAUUUUUGCCUGGAGAAAACGCAGAAGACUGGACCUGCAAGAAGUGUACUCUAGUCAACUCCGGUAGUGAGAUGGCCUGUGUGGUGUGUGGUGGGUCAAAGCUACGCAGUAUAACUUUAGUGAGAGACAUGACUCUCCGUAAGGGUGAGUUCUGGACCUGUCCUCAGUGCACUCUGAAGAAUCCUCUAGCGACUCAGAACUGUCAAGUCUGCAAAACAGCCAACAAACCGCAGAGAUUGCUUGAAGUACCUACCUCAAAAAAUGUUCCAAGAAGUCCAUCUCCGAGGCAUGGUCAGAAGUCGAAGUCCAACAUUGCCAACCCUGCACUAGGUGCUAUACCCAAGCAGCGACAGGCUCGUAAGAAUGGUACACCGAGGAGCAGUGCUCAUGUGCGACACAGUCGAUCGGGUGUGAUUGGCAGUUACACGAAUGGUCCGGUCACAAAUGAGCUGUCGGUGAUUCCAGCUCAAGUCGGUGCUCGAAGCCCCUCCGGCUCAUGGCAUUGUGUUCAUUGUACGUUUGAAAACCGCACAGCAUCAGUGGCAUGUGAGAUGUGCCAGAGUUCCCGCAGUCUGUCGGCAUCUGUGUCUCCGGUGCCUCCUGGAACUCCCGUGUCCUCAUCUCCUGCCCCUGCAGAGACACCCCCUGCCAAGGUGCAGACUGUCAGACAGGAGAGUGAACUGAUGGAAGAUCUGCGCCACAUAGAAGAACGGGAAGCACUGGAGAAAUGGAAAAGGAUUGUCCAAUAUUGUAAAGAGAACAAUGAGCCGUUUGUUGAUGAUUCAUUCCCGCCUGCACCCAAGUCUCUCUACUACAAUCCUGGGGAAAGCAAGGAUCAGAAUCAUGUAGUACAGUGGCUCCGGCCACACCAGAUCAACACCGAGGGUGACAGCAAGCUCAAGUGGGCGAUAUUCCGCACCCCUCUGCCUUCAGACAUAUCUCAAGGGGUGCUGGGUAACUGCUGGCUGCUUAGUGCCCUAGCAGUGUUAGCUGAGAGGGAGGAUCUGGUGAAGAAAGUGAUGGUAAUGCGGGACUACUGUCACCAAGGGGCCUACCAGGUGCGACUCUGCAAGGACGGCAAGUGGACCACUGUGCUGGUGGAUGACCUGCUGCCUUGCGACAAACGUGGUCACCUCGUCUACUCUCAGGCGAAGAGAAAACAGUUAUGGGUGCCUUUAAUAGAGAAAGCUGUGGCUAAAAUCCAUGGGUGCUACGAAGCGUUGGUCUCCGGGCGUGCCAUAGAGGGGUUGGCUACUCUCACAGAAAGUCCCUGCAAGAGUGUGCCACUACAGCCAAGCUCUCUACCGUCAGAGGAUGAACUGGACAAGGACCUGAUCUGGGCACAGUUGCUCAGCUCUAGACUGGCCAGGUUCCUGAUGGGGGCAUCCUGUGGCGGGGGCAACAUGAAGGUGGACGAGGAGGAGUUACCAACGGAAGGGGGCUGCGGCCCAG